UUAACUCCGCACUUUGCCGGAUAUUCUCCAACCGGUUGAGUAUAAAGUUCCGGUUUCUUUUUAUGUCUUUCGGGUCCGGCCAUGUCUCAACCUCUUCCUCUUCCAUUACCAUUUCUACCUCUUCAACCCACUCCCUAAGCUACCCUCUCAACCCUGUCCCUGAAUCCCCCCCAUCCUUGUCCAGCUUUCUUCUCUUCCCCCCUCCAAUUGCACCCCCCAGUUCCAUUCCUUCCGUCUCCCCCCCCAUUUCAGCGGUAGUCCUGUCUACCGCGGUGCCCGCCGUCGACACCCCGGCAGCCUCGUCCACGUUCGGCCCAUCGCACAGUGGGACAGAAUCCCGAAAACGUGGCCAAAAGUCGAAAAAUAAAGUUUCGAUUUAGGAGUUUUUAACUAUUGGGUUGGCUACAGUGAUAGUUUGACUUCCAAAUUUCACACACAGCAGGGUCCGAUCGUGAAAAUCUGAGUUUGUAGACCAGUUCUAAUGUGACCCUCGCAGGAGUAGCAUCUGUCGCAAACGAGAGACGAAAAAUAACGGUCUUUUCAAAAGUACGCCAAAACACGUGGAAUUAAUCAAUUUUAUGUUUGUAAAAUGGAAUCAUCUAUUGAUAAAUCUGGUGACAAUGCUGAAAUGGCUUUGUCGAGGAAGGAAAUUUUUAUUUUAGUGAGAGAUCAUUUAAAUGAACAUGUGCCUGUAAUUUAUGAAGUAAUUGAAAAGGAGAUGUCCCAUAAAUUACAAAAUUCUUUUAAAUUACCAGAGGAUGUAAAACAAGUCAUACGCAAAUUAUUACACGAUUUUAGAACGAAGUGGCAAAAAGUUAACAGGACAGAACAAAAUUUUUUUGAAAAGUUUCGGCAAUGGCUAAGCGUGCUCGUUUAUUUCAAUAAAAACGAAGUUGUAGAAGAAUAUAUAGAAACGCCAAAAAAAGGGAAUUUAGGUCGCCCUUCUUCAUCAUUUACAGCUUCAAGUGAGAGAACAAAACGAAGGAAAACCGAAGAUAUUCGUUCACACGCAAGUGUCGAAGAAUUAUGUUAUGCCACGCAAAUGAGUCUUCGAGCUGCCAAAAAAUUAGAUGCCGCAAAAGUUGUUUCGGAUGUGACAUUGGGCAGUCCAUCGAAAGCCCGAAAAUACAGAAAGUCUUUAGAAUUUACUCCAGGAAGCAUUCUUUCCGCUGAUUCUGCUCUUUCGCUUAUAAUUGAGCAGAAAUUAUCAAAAAGUCAGUAUCUGGGACUACGAGCUGUAAGCAAAGAAAACAAUUGUAAAUUAUUUCCGUCAUAUCACACAGUAUCAGAAGCUAAAAGUAAAUGUUAUCCGCUGAGAUCAGGCAUGAUCAUAACUGAAUGCAGUGCCGAAGUCAAAUUACAGUAUUUAUUGGAUCACACAGUUCGAAGAAUUUUAUUGGUUCAAAUGGACGUUAUAAAGAGCUUGACUUCAAAAAACGUUCGCAACUUAAAGUUAAUUUGCAAGUGGGGUCUUGAUGGUAGCUCUGGCCAGAGUAUGUACAAGCAAAAAUUUAGUGAUGAUGACGGAAGCAAAUCAGAUUCGAGCAUUUUUUUCACUUCGCUUGUGCCACUACAGCUUGUAUCUGUUGAUCAAAUGACAAAUGCAGAAAUUAUUGUAUGGAAAAAUCAAAGACCUUCAUCUCCUCGAUUUUGUCGGCCCAUAAGGAUUCAAUUUUUGCAAGAAAAUACCGAAGCCACCGUGAACGAGACAGAUAACAUUAAAGAACAAGAGAGUAAACUUGUCGCUUUUCAAACGGUUAUAGACGGAAAAGAAAUAAACGUAUCUUAUAAUCUUGCCCUAACAAUGAUAGAUGGUAAAGUUUGCAACAAAUAUAUUAAAAUGUUUCGAGAAGACUUCUCACGAAAAUGUACUCGUACAAAAACUAUGGAAGAUGUUUUUUUACGGCUGUUAGUGGCAUCAGAUCCAUUUAUUUCAAGCUUACGAAAAUUACCUACCAAAAAAUUAAAAUCGUUGUCAUCAGAAGCAGUGCAAUUAAUAAUUCCGCCAACUAUUGAGAUAACUGAUGAAAGCUUCAACAUUUCUACAAUAAAAUCAUCUGACAUAGAUACUGAUGAUUCAACAGACUCUGAAUAAUUAUUAAUUAAAUCUAAUUAUUUUUAAUUUUAUUAUUGGACUAUAUUUAUAUUGUUUCACUAUAUAUGCGUUGUCAAAUUAUAUUUUAAUA